CGUGAGCGAGCGUCGUCGUUACGUCGAUCUGCACGACCGCUUCUCGAUGUCGACGCGUCGUCACGUCGUCGAGAAGUACUACGACUGCCUGCAGUGCGCCGAGCAAUGCCGUCACGCGGACUUGAGCAACCCCAGCGAGAUGAACAACAGCGGUAGCGGAGGAGGCAACAACAACAACAGUAUCAGCGCCAGCGCCAGCACCAGCAAGAACAGCGGCGGCGGCGUCGUCGUUGGACGUAUUCGCAGCGGUCGCCGUCUGCCCACCACGAACGUCUCAUUGUACGGCAAGGACGUGUCGUCACCUCCGCUCGACGACGCGAAGAAAACUCGUAACGGCAGGAGCAGCCUGUCCAAGUCCCUGUCGAGACAUCAGUCCGCCCAUCUGACGCCAGUGAAGAAGAGGUCCUCGUUGGCCCGGCCGGUUCGCGUUCACGACUCCUUCGUGCAGCCGAGAAGGCUCAUGGUGGCCGGCGACGAGCAUCCGCAGGAUCCGGUCGAUGAUCGAGGUUAUCAUCAGGAGCAGGUUCUGCGGGACCAAGCGAGCGCGACCCCGUCGCGGAAGAACCCGUGGUGGUGGCAGGAGCAGGAUCAGCGCGAUCAGCAGCCUAACACGUCGAGCUACGCUUACCGAGACGCGGAGGGACGCGCCGGUGAGGACGGCGCCGAUUGGCCUAUCCGUCUGCGGCUCGAGCAGAUGCUGGAGCUGACGCUACCUCAGGCGAAGAGGAAGAAGAAGAAGAAGAAGAAGAAGACGACCGCGACCGCGGCCGCGGCGACGAUGAUGCUGAUGAAGCAGCAGCAGCGCAACAGGCACGGCUUCAAGGACACGGAGAGACUCCUCAAGGUACUCAGCAUUAACAAUGUGGACCAAGAUAAUAGGUACAACAUCAAACGAUGUUCCGUCAUGUAGAGGUUAGAGUUAAAGCGGGCGAAAGAAAAAAUUAAAAAGAAGACAAAAAAAAGAAUAAAAUAUGAAGGGAGAAACACAGAGAUUAAUAAUAAAUUAAUAAGUAAAUAAAGCGUGUAACACACAUAUACACACACACACACACACACACACACACACACAGACUCCCUAGGGGAACGAAAAAAAAAGCAGAAAAAAAACAUACGCUCGUAUAUGGAGAAUAUUCUGCUUCCGGGCGUUACUCGCGCGGCCGCGCGAGAGAGAAUCGAGGCGUGAAGGAUCGCGUUUCCGGCACUUCUCUCGAUCGAACCAGCCGCCGUCGUUCGCCGAGAGAGAGAGAGAGAGAGAGAGAGAGAGAGAGAGAGAGAGAGAGAGAGAGAGACAUUUGCAUUCGCGGCACGCGCGUGCAUACGUGCACUUUCGCGUGUGCUUUCGCGUCGCAUUUGAUAUUCAGAGAUCCCGCGACUUCUCGAUUCGGCCGCUCGAUGGCGGCGCGACACGAAGAGGCGACGAAGGUACAAAACAACGGGAAAACGGUCGCGCGGGAAAGUGAAAGAAAAGAAGAAAGAGAAGUUAAAAAGUGCGCCGUCGUGUGUGCAAUUCCUCGCUGCGACUUCUGUCGCGGUUUCGUUCGAGAGUCGUUUCGGUAGUAAGAACAAGAGUAAGAAUAAUAAUUGCGACGCGAUUUCUCAGCCCACGAGAGAAACCCGAGGCGCCACGCUCUCUGUUCCUCGACGGGCAUCGCGAGGCCCCGAUAACGCGCGCGAGCAUCUUAGAGUCGAGGCAAAAACCGUUUCCUCUCCCCGAAAGCCCCGUCGCGUUACGUUCUUCCCGAAUGUUCUCUCAGUUUAGAAAUAGGAGACCACACCCGCCCGCCGCGUAUCCGAUCCGCUACUUAGACAGCCCGAGAUAUCCCCCGAGUUGCCCCCCUUGUUGCUUUGAUCGGACGUUUUUACUUUUAUAGGACGAACUGGUCAAUGUCGGUCCAACGGAGAAAAAUUGACAAAGUAGGCAAAGAGAAAAAGAAGAAAAAAAGAGAAAAAAUAGAAGAAGUAUAGAGCGCAAGUAGACGAGUUCCCUGACGGACGAUCCGCUCGUUCGUCGUUAAUUCGCGUGUUGCAUUUCGGUGUGCCGAUCACCACGUCUCGUUUCGUUUCACUCGUUGCACUUUAUGCCCGUGCAGAUGUACGAUGCGCGGAGCUAGUCGUUCGUAUGUACCACCGCCGCCCCGCCCCCGCCCCGCCCCCGACCCCGACCCCGACCGCUCCCCUACGCGCGGAAACGAACCAAAACUCGUAAGUUUAGGAGAAACCAAAAGAGCAAGGAGGUGACGAAAAGAGAAAAAGCAGCGGAGAGGGAGGGAGAAGCCGAAGUAAAGCCGAGGAGGAUGAGAAUAGGGAGAGAACGGAGAGAAAGUAAAACCAAUUUCAUUCCACUAAACUGCCUGGGAUCAUCGCGGACGCCAAGUCGCGAGCUCCUCCCAAGUUUUACGACACAGCACCGCUCCGAAUUAUUUUUUAUAUCGAGAACACCCGACGGGCUGUUAUUCCGUCGGGCGCGAAGAUGAUUAACGGCGGCUUUGCGUUUCGCACGUUCGUGAGCGAAGGGACGAGCGGACGAGCAGGAGGUACGUCGCACUCGCAAGAAUGGCUCGAAUUAUUCCCGUUCUGAGUCUUUCGUAAUUAAAUUCGAGGCACAAAAUGUCCUCUCGCAUCGAUUGCAAUCGCCGUGUUUGUGAUUCUCUCUCUCGCUCUCUCUCUCUCUCUCUCUCUCUCUCUCUCUCUCUCUCUGAGAUCGUGUCUCGCCAAUUCUUCGCCUUUACGUCCAUCUUGAAGUUACCGCAGCCUCCGCUAGAUCGCUCCCGAGGUCGUCGUGAUCCCUAACAAUGCGGAUCGCUCAUUCGCGAGUCAUCUUCAGCCGGGUAUUAUCGCGUUACCGAAUUAACAAUGCGCGCCUACGAGAGAGCGAGUGAAAUUUCAUACAGACACAUACAAGGUGCAACGUAUACCCCUGCCUCGCGCUCGGCUCUUCGGCUUGUCUCGUUAACGGCGAUCGUCCAGAUGAGAGCAGCAAGUACCUAUACAAAGAAACGGAUGUACACGCGUAAUCCAAGUGCCAUAUAGCGUCGCAACAGCAUAAAAAGCCUAUAAAAACCUAAGCAUUUGAAUGAAUGUUCCAGUAUUAAGUAUCAAACGAACAGGUGCGCGAGAGUCGUUGACGUAAAUUCGAUGGCGCGAUGAUUCGAGACGCGCUCCCCUUCGUCGUGUCGUAGACACCCACACGCAUGUAAUGUAAAACAAGAGCCCCCUGUCCGCGAACGAACGUCACGAGGGAGGAAGGUCGAUUCGCGAGCUCCUUCCGAGAGGCUCGUCCUGACACGAGUAUCUCGCAGCUCCCGAGACAGCGAGCGUCCGCUCGGCGAGAGAAUCGGCGUUUUUCAAGUCGCCAAGGAGGAAGCACCUUUUUUCCUCGAUCUUGCCGCGCGCGCGCGCGCGCGAACCCGCGAAUCGAGAGACGAGAUAAUCGUAGUUCUAAGUACCGAUCAGAUACCGCGGGAGAGAGAGAGAGAGAGAGAGAGAGAGAGAGAGAGAGAGAGAGAGAGGGAAGUAUCGUUACGUUACAUUUAUACUGUAUUCUCACUGGAGUGCCCUUCCUUCGUUCAUGUGUUUCUGUCGAAUGAUUAACCGUAGCGCAUAGAGACGAAAGCUGUUCCAACUCUACCACGCCCAGUAUUUCGUACAAGAAGAGUACACGUGUUAGAUACCGAGAUAGCCCGAUCGGCUCGUCGUCUCGCCGACGAGUCCAUGUGUGUGCGCAUCCUCUUUUCCUUCACUUCCUCUUCCGUGCCCUUCUUGUUUCCCCGUUCGUUUCGAAUUCACUGUGCCGACCAGAGAGACAGAGAGAGAGAGAGAGAGAGAGAGAGAGAGAGAGAGAGAGAGAGAGAGGAGAGGAGAAGAGAUUCGACCGGCGUUUGAUAGCGGCGAAUUAACUGUAUCUGGUGUGACGUAAUCCUCAAUGUUGGAUAUGUUAAUGAGUCUAGUCUAUUUACAAGAGAAUCUUUGCUAUACACCCGUGCAAAUGUAUCGUUUGGCCGGAAAAAUAGACUGCACGAAAAAUAUAUUAUCUAUAUAAAAAAAAAAA